AUGAGAAUAUCAAAUGAUAUGAGAUGGCACAACGAGAGUCAUAGGAAGGAUGGGCUAUCAAGACAUCCUGCAGAUGGUGAAGCGUGGAAAGCAUUCGAUGAACGAUAUGUAGAUUUCUCCUCUGAUUACCACAAUGCGAGGCUUGCUCUUUGUAGUGAUGGUUUCAAUCCAUUUCGAACAAUGAGUACUACUUAUAGUACAUGGCCGGUUGUACUGAUUACAUAUAAUUUACCACCUUGGAUUUGUAUGAAACAAUCAUCUUUUAUGUUAACGAUGAUUCUUCCGGGUGAAAAAGGUCCGGGAAAUGAUAUUGAUGUUUUUCUACAACCUUUAAUUGAGGAAUUAAAAAAAUUAUGGGAGGGCGUUGAGACGUAUGAUGCUUCAAGCCAACAAAAUUUUCAUAUGCGGGCUGCGUUAUUAUGGACUAUAAAUGACUUUCCUGCAUAUGCAAUUUUGUCUGGCUGGAGUACUAAAGGAAAGUUUGCAUGUCCUUGUUUUGCGGAGCAAACACAAUCUAGGUGGUUACGCCAUGGAGGGAAGUAUUGUUACAUGGGUCUUCGUCGUUGUUUACCUGAGGGACAUAUAUUUCGUUAUCAAAAAGACUUGUUUGACGGCACAGAGGAGAUAAGGAGUGCACUUAUUCGGAUAGCUGGUGUUGAUAUAUUAAGGCAAAUGCAUGGCAUGCAAUUCAAAUUUGGUAAACUACCUACAAUAAAUGACAAAGGAAUAAAUAGUAAGAGAUCCAAAAAGAAAAGACAGACGAGAAAUGAUGACAAUACAACAACAAGCGAAUGUCUUUCUAGUUCAAAAUCUAGUGGCGCAUUGAGGUGGCGGAAAAAGAAAAGCAUUUUCUUUGAAUUACCAUAUUGGCAAUAUAAUUUGUUGUGUCAUAAUGUAGAUGUGAUGCACAUAGAGAAAAAUGUGUUUGACAAUUUUAUUGGCACUUUAUUGAAUCUUGACAACAAAACAAAAGACAAUUCAAAAGCACGAUUAGAUUUAGUAGAAUUGGGCAUUAGAUCUGAACUCCAUCCCCAGUUACUUGCUAAUGGAAAGACAAGGUUACCUCCGGCUUGCUUCACGAUGUCUAAAAAGGAAAAAAGAAUUCUUUGUCAAGUUCUCAAGAAUAUUAAAACGCCCGAUGGUUAUGCUUCAAAUAUUUCAAGAUGUGUGAAUGUUAUCGAGUGUAAGAUUAGUGGUCUUAAAAGUCAUGAUUGUCAUAUUUUGAUUGAGGAUAUACUACCAUUGGCAUUACGAGCAUCAAGCCCAUCUAAGGAAGUGAUCUCGAUCGCAAUUGAAUUGGUGUUUUUCUUUAAAUCAUUAUGUUCGAAGGUGUUGGAUGUGAAUGAGCUUGACAAAAUACAAAGCCGCAUUACACUUACUCUUUGCCACAUGGAAAGAAUCUUUCUACCCACAUUUUUCACCAUUAUGAUUCACUUAAUGAUUCAUUUAGUAGAAGAGGCAAGAUUAGGUGGUCCGGUACAAUAUCGAUGGAUGUAUUCUUCGGAGAGGAACUUUGUACGAAUGAAGUCAUAUGUACUUAAUAGAUCUCAUCCUGAAGGGUCAAUAGCUGAAGGAUAUAUAGCCGAAGAAUGCUUGACAUUCUGUUCAAGAUAUCUAGAUGGUGUUGAAACAAGAUUUAAUCGACCCAUAAGGAAUCCCGAUCCACCUAAAAAGAGAACAGAAGGGUUAUAUUUAUUUUCAGGGUAA